AAAAAAAAACUUUCUAUGCUGCAAAAUUGCAGCUGGAAAAAAGUGGGACACUUGAGAAACACCCAAAAGAGUUAAAAUAGUCCAGUGUCGGGGAAGAGGAUUAUGUCGUGUUGUAAGUGCUUAUGCCACUUGGCAAACGGCUUUAAAACUAGAAAAUAUACAUAUGUAUGUAUGCCAGCGUGGAUUUUGCAUAUCACAAUCAAUUAAAAGCAGCUGCUAAAAUAAACAAAUAUAAGUCAGACAAAUUUCACUAAAGCGGAUGUGUAGAUUUGGAAACUGGAUUAUUGGUAACACGUAUCCAUAGACUGCUUCAUGCACUCGAAUGUUUACAUAAAUGAGAUUACCUAAACGCUUAUGACAUCAAAAAUUCAGGAAUAUUGAAUUUUCAACACAGGACGCACUGGAUACGGCAAUACAACCACACUAACUUUCAAGUGAACUACACUGGCGGUAAAGUGUGACGAAGCAGUGACAAAUUUGAAAAUAUGCGAUUCAAUAAGUCUGGUUUAACUGCAUUAGCCUCAAAUCCAGCAACGAAAUUUGAGAAGGAAGGACUAUUAAUUGUCACCGAACGUCAAGAGGGCUUCUUUCGUCGUGCCGAUGUGAACUAUCCGCGUUGGUGUAAACUACGUGGCAAUUUGCUGUUCUAUUUAAAAGAUCACGAUCCACAAUCACCACCUUCUGGGCUGCUGGUGCUUGAAAAUUGUCGACCAUUGAUACGCAACGAAGAGCGGGAAUUUGAUGGUUUUUCUUUCAUUCUAGAAUUCGAAGGUAGCAGUUCACAGCGCAUUUCCACACGUACCGCCAAAGAGCGCUUGGAGUGGGUAAAGUGCAUUCAAUUGGCCUCGUAUGCAUAUCUAGAUCGUCAAAUUAAAUAUCUCCAAGACCAAAUUGCCAUUAAAAUGGGCAAUCACAUCGAGCGUGGUGUACCACCUACGGUUGCAGCUAGUGAUGCACUGCUAUUUAAUGCUGGCCGCGCUGGUGGUGGUGUAGCUGCAACAAUACAUAACACAGCAACGGUCAAAGUGGAAGAAGGUGAUCUUAUACAAUUUUAAGAAUAUUUUGUUUAUAGCAAUGUAAUAGUUUUUAAUUGCUUUAUAGUAGUUUAUACAAUUAACUUGCAUAUGUAAAUAUUGAGUUAAAUUUAAGAUCUCGUAGAAAAAGGGAGAUUAAAUAUUUAUUUGGAACUAAUCGUAGUUUCAAAUGAAAAAAAAACAUAUUUUUUGGCCCCGCAGUUAAUCCUUUUUAAUACACUUAAUUGAAAUAACUGAGA